AUGCGCCCUAGGGAUCUGUGCACCGCCGCGUACUAUGAUGACGUGCAGCGCAUGAAACAACUUGUGUCCGCCUUUCUCCGGGACGAGGAGGCAGAGGAGGAAGCCAGUGAGGCUUAUGAGGAGAAACUAGAGGACGAAGAAGACGACAAUGUUGGAGAAAUGACUGGGCUUUUGAAACAGAUGGAUUUGCAGAAGAAACAUCGCCAGAAAGUGGCAAAGCUUUUAGAGACAACGGGUACGCUGCAUGUAAUAGAAACGAAAGAGAAUUUUGGUUUUACGUUCCGCUGUGUGGAAGAUUGUGGUGCUGGUACCCUAAGACCUCAGUUUAAACCAAGCAAAAGAAGCAGUUACCCCGCUGCACCGCUUCAUUGGGCGGUUCUCGGUCGCUCACAUGAUGCUGUCAAGUUUCUUAUUAGGAGUGGUGUAGAUAUAAAACAGGAGGUUCCUGACUUUCCCAAUGUGACUGCCGCUCUGAUAUGCGAGUGCAACAAGUCUAUGGAGACUGCGAGGGUUAUGGCACGAGCCACCGAAGCGUCCGUGAAGAAAGCCAACGAGAAGGAGGAGAAACGGGAGUCAUUGGUCAAUGCUCUAGAAGAACUCAGACGGGAACGCGAGAGGCGAGCCGCCCGCGAGAAGGAGGAGGAGGAGGAAAGGGAGGAGGAUGAGGGUGAUGAUGAAGAUAUGGCCGAUGCAGAAAAGAGCGAUGAUGAAAACAUAGGCAACAGUGACUACGAAGAGGCUCUUGGUGACAACCAAGAGCACAGCGGUGGUGAUGACGAAUAG